AACUUUUCUGUCGUUUACGUUGAGUUGAUUAAGUUCCUCCGUAUCGGGCGUGAUAAAGUUUGCUGUUCAGUGUUAUGUUUUUUGUGAGAUAGAGACUCUUUUAAAUAAGCUGUGUUUCAACUUCUACAGAAGUUUAAACUCUUAUUUACUUUUCUGUUUAAUGGGUAUGUUAUCUACUUACUUGAAAUAUUAGAUCUAUUACAAAUCUAUUAUUCAUUAAAAACAACCCUAUGUGAUGAAAAUGUAAAUGUACUUUCAAAACUGGUAAAUGCAUGAACCAGGGCAUUGACACUGGUUGGAGAGAAAUUAUAGGCUUUGUUUAAUUAAUACCUAUUUCAUUUUAGGCUUCUACUGAUAAUGGAGAGUAGAAACAACAAGAAGUGCGUUAUUUGUAAUAAGAGGCGAAGUCGUGGUGGAUCACCCUUACUUUUGAGUAGGUUUCCUCUGGAUUCUGACCGUUGUCGAAUGUGGGUUAAAAAUGCUGGCAUAGAAGACUUAGCAUAUGUACCUAUUGAAAAGUUACACCAACUGAAGUUUGUUUGUGGUGGGCACUUCACUCCUGAAUCCUUCAAUGCCAAAGGAACUCGGCUGAAGAACUCAGCUAUUCCAACACUGGAAUUGAGCAAUCCCAUCUUGCCAGAUGAAGUUUUGACAGAGUUUCCUCUUCAUGUAAAAGACUCCAAUAAAGAAAACCUCAAGACAGUUCUUUAUGAUCAUUCAUAUUGCAUUCCAAAGAAGUCAAAUCCAGUUGAACGAGUUCCCCUUACAACUACAACCGUUGGUAGUAGUUGUAGCGAAGUCAAGAGUGAAUUUAGACAAGCGUGA